UGAAUUUCUGCCCUUUCCGGCCUUUACACGCCUCCAUCGCAUUUUUCCGGUCCCCUUAUGCGGGCUGUUCUCAAAGGACUCUUUUCUUUCAAGCCUUUCGACAAACAGAAGACCAAGUUGUUUUCCGCUCCCAUUAUCCGCAAAAGAGCGACAGAGACUCCAACUUCAAUUCGAUCUGAUACAGACAGGGAGAUGGGCUACGUCUUGAGAGUUAGGCUAGCGUCGUUCUUUGCUGGUGCUGCAACAGCGUCGGCUGUGGGCUUCUACAUCCUUCACAGGGAUUACAAGGUUGCCCAUGCAGCCAUCUCCCAGCAGGUGAAAGAACUCUCUGAAUCUCUUGAUGGACGUAUUUCAGCACUGGAGAAGUUGAAAGAAGUUGAAGCUCCAAGACAUGUGGAGGCCACAGAGUAGAUGGCAUGAGGUUCUGCUUUUGAUAAAAGUUCCAUUUGUUAGCUCCUGAAAUCUUUUUUUUACGUCAUAUAAGAACCAUGAAUGCAAUUUUCGAUAAUAAUCACUACUCAGUAUGAUAUGCCAGAACUUAUUUGUUACAAUACAAUGAUUCUAAUACUGAUCUUUUUUUAGUUGAUAUA